GGUAAGAUGCACAGAUGGUGUGGGUUAAAUCCCAACCAUACGGAGUAUACUACCUAGGCACUCUUACAUUUUCUUUCCUUCUUUCCUUCCCUCCCUUCCUUCCUUCCUUCCUUCCUUCCUUCCUUCCUUCCUUCCUUCUUUCUUUCCUUCUCUCCUUCUUGUUUCAUUUCUUCAUAUUCAAUGAAUUUUAGCGAAGACACGUAUGUUCCUUCUUCUCUGUUGUCUGAAUGACACUUGACUGCAUUGAAUAAUACAAACAGAGACAAACAACUCCAUCAUUGAACAAAUAAAUUGCUUUACGUGUCAAAUUUAUAAUAUCGAUACAAUAAACAAAGAAUACGAGAGAAACUUACACUUUUAUACGCUGGAGCUAAAUCUACUAAAGCUACAAUGUCCGUCUCUCGUCAAAGCACUACCUCCCUACAAGUCCAAGCCCGCAACAGUAAUAACUUCCCUGAAACCGAAUCAACCCUCCCACAUCUUCCCCGCACACCCACAAGCUCUUUCCUAGAAAACCUCCUCUCAUAUCUCGGUCCAUAUAAUCCCUUCCCAACAGCAAUAUCCAAAGAUGAUACAGUUUGGUUAUUAGACAACACGGCUUACAGGAAUCAAUUGACCGGAGAAUGGGAAGCGGAGUUUGUGGCGGCAGUUUGGGAGACUGAAAGUGGAAAACAUGUCCCGGAAAUUGUAGGAGAUAUAGUUGGGAGAAUUGGUGGAGACGGUGAUAGAGGAGAGGAUGAAAUUGUAGAGGAGAGAUUGAGACCAUUUUUGAUGGAUGUUAAACCUGGGAGGGUUGUUGAUGUCGAGUUUUCAGAGCAUCAAGAGAAUACAGAAUUAAGACUCGGACCGGGUGGAAGAAACGGUAUUAGCAGCGAUAUUCGAAAAUUGAAAGAUGGUAAAGAUGGCGAGAUCGCAACGUGGAAGGCAGAAGUGCCGACAGGAGCAGAGGGGAUAUUGGACAUGAAAACAGUUUUUGCAGAACCGGAAGGGUGGGGUGUUAUUUCUGGUGAGUUGGGAAAUUCAAAAUCAUUCAAUUCUUGGAAUUUGUCGAACUUUUUGGCGCUAUAUUGAGGGAAAAAUACUAACACCACACAGAUAUCGAUGACUCGAUAAAAAUAACUCAAACUAGCUCUCCCAUUGGCAUUCUGCGCUCGACUUUUCUAUCUAAACCACAACCUAUUGAGGGAAUGCCAGAAUUUUACAGACAUAUCCAAUCUUUGAUCACCUCUAAAAAUGCUUCAGUAGCUCCUUGGUUCUACCUAUCUGCCUCACCUUACACUCUCUACUCCUUUCUCAGCGAAUUUCGUCAGGAAUACUAUCCUCAAGGAACCAUGAUAUUAAGGGACGCAAAUUUCUUGAGCUUAGGGGGAUUGCUAGAGACAUUGACAGAGGGUACACAAGAAUAUAAAGUUGAUAGAAUGGAGAAGAUUCAUGGAUGGUUGCCAAAGAGGAAGAUGAUUUGUGUGGGCGAUAGUACACAGAGUGACCCAGAGGCUUAUGGAGAGAUGUGAGUUCUAAUCUUUUGUCUUUAUUAGCUUUCCACUUACUAAUGAUCAAUUAGGUACCGUAGAAACCCAACCUGGAUCAAGCUAAUUCUCAUCCGCAAAGUAACAGACAUUGCUGCAAUCGGUAUUUCCCAGAAGAAUGAGCCGGAGAGAUUUGAGAAGGCUUUUACUGGUGUUCCAGAGAGCGUAUGGAGAGUUUUCGAGAGCCCAGAGGAGUGUUAUGAAGUAGUGGAUGAGUUAGUAAAGGAGACGCCAGCAUAAUGAUUCAAGAACGUUGGAGCGGUAAUUUGGCCGGGCUCGAGGGUCAUACUAGAUUUUUGGAAGUAUUUAUAGAAGUGAUCUUUAUUAACUGGAACUUAUAGUAUUGUCAACAAUGUGGCUAUUGGGGUAGAAACAUAGAGAGACUAUCAGUAAACGGAUAUUUCUCGCAUUGGAACGGGAGGAAACAGCGUCGAAUUGUUUGCAAGCAAAUAUGUUCUACAGGACCAUUAGACGAGUUGAUAACCCAUUUCAAUUUACGCGGUGACAGGAUCUCCUCUCUGAGAGCUUCUAUGUGAUUUCAAACAAACUGUCACACAAUACCUCGGCCCGGGAUGUUGUUGGUGAAGUGGUUCCAAAUCCGGGGUUUGCAUCCUGUUCAAUUAAGCAGCCGCCCAGGACAUUUCUCGGACCAUCAAGGACACCCGCUUUUGAGUGCUCAGUUUGUAACUGGGAGGUUAUCUAGCCUUUGCAAAAAAGAUUCCAGAGUGGUUUUAUAAAUGUUUGCUAUUCUACCUUGGUGCUGAGUAUUACAAGCCUAACCGUUAAGCGCUGAGAUGGUUUGAUUUUAGUAGAGUUUGGAGAGGAAUGGGCUGACUCGUUACCCUGUAUCUUAUGGCGUAACCCACGCUGGGCGACAGAACCCCUGCUAG